AUGUGCAGUAAACGUAAAACUAUUUCGUAUGUUAUAGCGGGUGUUGUGAUCGUGGCUCUUUUAAUAGGACUUCUGCGGCAUGUUUUUAACGUCAGCACAUUCGAUUUAUUAUUACUUACACCGGCUGUGAUGGUUAUUUCAUUUCUUUAUAUUUUUAAAAUGAUGUCCGAUGUGGAGUAUAUAUAUUUGGCACUGCUGGCAAUUUUAGCAAUACCAAUAAGUUGCACAUACUUGUUUGUGCUCAAAUUUGGAACUGUGCCAGAAACUUGGAGCUCUAUGAAAAUAUUUUGGAAAAUGGUUAUCAUUUUCUAUCUGAUGUUUUUAAUAGUGUUCCCUGCCUUUUGGCUCUUGAUUGUUUACUACUUUUAUUAUGAGUCAGAAAAUCCUUUACAAGCACAUAUUAUUUAAGAUUGUCCGUGGCAACAAUUAUGGCGGAAAACUGUUGAUAAAGUUGCUGCUCCAUUCAUCACGAACGUGAUUAGCUGAAAAUUUGAUGCCAAACU